AAUAAUACUCUCUGGCGAUUGUGCAUGGGAUUGUUGACUUAGUGUAUUUAAGUAUACACUAUACACUAGCAGUUCGAAAGCACGUCAAAAUGCAAGUAGAUAAAUAGGAACCGCUACAGCGGGAAGGUAAACGGCGUUUCCAUGUGCUGCUCUGGUUUGCCAGAAGCGGCUUUGUCAUGCUGGCCACAUGACCUGGAAGCUAUACGCCGGCUCCCUCGGCCAAUAAUGCGAGAUGAGCGCGCAACCCCAGAGUCGGUCACGACUGGACCUAAUGGUCAGGGGUCCCUUUACCUUUAUACAACAGGACAAUAAGGAAAAAUCUGAUGGUUUACAAGUCAUCGUAAUCAAUACAUUCAUGUUCACAAGCUUUCCAGAAAUGAGCUUAGCUGCAAACCAGCCUCUAAUGUUCUCUUGCUGUCUUUUGUAGCGCAGUUUAUUUAUUUGGCAAACAUUUAAGGCGGUAUAAAACAGCCAGUUUCAAUCUCCAGCAUCUUCAUUUAGGGCUAGCAAAAUCUGAAAUCCUGGAUAGCGAUUGCAAGUCAGUGUAUAUGAAUGACCCUGUGCUAGAUGGACAGUUGGUAGAGCUUGAUGCAAGGCAGCUUCCUAUGUUACUACCUUUUUCAAUUAUGUGAUUAUUUUCUUCACAUAUUUUUUUUGGGCAAUAAAAGGUUCUGAAUGCAUUCUGCUUCCCAUAAAUAAAGCACAAUCUCUGUUAUGUUUCAUGCUGAAGGCCAAAAAGAUGUUUAUAAAUAACACAUCGGUCAAAGCUAAGGCCUUUCAGGUUGGCUUGAUUGCAGAAGCUUUCAAGGUGAAAUCAAGCUCUGCUGCAUUUGUAUCAUAAUAUUACUGUGAUAAUCCUAAAAAUGAGAGAUUUACAGCAUAUCUGUAAAUCUUGUGUGCAGGGCCUGAGAUUGCCUCUCUUAGUUGCUCUUUGGAUGUGAAUGUGUAACAAUAAAAGCAGCAGCAGACUUGAUUUAAAUCUUCUUUUUUUAACAGAAAAACUCAUUCUUGCUGGUAGAAUCUUAAUAUUUACAACCAGAUGAAGGUUUCAUUUUUGGAAUAAUAAAUUUUCAGAGUAGUUUUUACAGUUAUAUCAAAAAUUACUGAUUUGGUUAUACUAUUAGAAAUACAUUGACAGAUAAUUAUGAAAUUAUUGUGAAGUUUAAUAAGUUAACUGUUUAUAUUUGGACAACUUUUCUGCUGUACUUUAUUGGAAGGAGAAAAACAGUCAUUUCCUUAAUAACAAUUUAAACAAUUUAUUUAACUGAAACAAUAACAUUAUAGCAUAUGUAUCCAUGUUUGUUAACUGAUGUGGUUAAACAGUUUUUAAAAACAACAACUUUAGACUGAGUUUUAGCACACAUGAAAAACUUAAAACAAAUCCUUAUUUCCUGAUGAAUAGCCUUAGGACUAUAAUGUAACUUAAAGAGAAAACUAUCUUUAGAAAGAUUUUCCCUCCAAAAGCAUUUUAUUUUAAAAAUCCAAUUUAAAAAAAUCUGAUUUAAAUAAAAAAAUCUGAUUUUAAAAAUAAAUAAAUAGGAUUUUAUCCACCCUGGUCAGGUUAUUAUUUUGUAACUGAAAUACUGUUUUCUGCUUCUGUGUUGGUGUAUGUGCAAACCUGGCCUUUUAAAACUAAUAAGCAAAAUACUGAAAGUGUUUGAAGGUAGGGGAUUCACAACCUGUUAAAUGCAUUCCAUAUAAUUUAGAAAUUUUAAAAUCUUGCAAAUGCUUUUGCCAUCUUUAAAGUUAGUCUGUGCUAAGUUUUGCACUCCUUGUGUUGCUCUCAAUAUACAGUCACCGUUUACUGACUGAAAAUUUAAACUCAUCAGUGGUGCUUGAAUUUAGAGGAGUAGCAUGGGAAUUUGAUUUAUGAACAGCUAUAAGCCCAUUGUUCUUAAACACAUGCACAUAUGUUUGGAUUACAUUUUAGGAGGUCCAAUUUUAUUAUUAAAUUAUAAGAGGGUAUGGAUAAGAAAUGUCAUAGUAAUGAGAGAGGAACGGCUAAGCCUUAUACCAAACACUAGAGGUCAGCCUUCAAACACUAUAAAUGCUAUUAAAUUCAACUUCACUGACCUCUGGAGCUGAGAAAAGGUAAUUGACAGUGAAGGAUUAUGGGAGAUGUAGUACAAAAAUUGGUAGGGCAUUUGUGUUUGAAGUAGAAAGUGGGGGGAAAUCAAUGGAAGCAGACAUUUUUCUUUUAAUUAUCAUAGUAGCUUAAAUGGGGAUCCCAGACAACUGCUUAUCAGGCAUUGACCAGCCUAUUGCCUGCUUCAUUUUAAGACUGCAAUAGUCUCAUGUACCCUUGGGCUGUGCCAUUCCAUCUUGUCAUAAUCCUACAGAAUACAGAUAUUGAUGGUAUAACUAAGCACUAUAGUGACAUUUCUCAAUAAGGGAAUGUCCAGACAGAAAAUGUGGCAGGGGCAGGGAGGAGGAAAUCUGAUAUUCUAACUGUCCACCAGGCCUGGACAGAGCUUAUCCAAGGGCCCGGGAUGGGAGUCUGGUUAAAACAAAAAAGCAGCUGGUCCCUGGCAGGACCCCCUGGUCAGUUUAGCCCUCUGAGACCUGGGAUAAGUGUAAGGCCUUGGUCCAGUAUACCUGAAGGAGCAUCUCCACCCCCAUUGUCCUGCCCAGACACUGAGGUCCAGUGCCGAGGGCCUUCUGGAGGUUCCCUCCCUGCAAGAAGCCAAGUUACAGGGAACCAGGCAGAGGGCCUUCUCGGUAGUGGCACCCGCCCUGUGGAACACCCUCCCACUUGAUGUCAAAGGGAAAAAACAACUACCAGACUUUCAGGAGACAUCUGAAGGCAGCCCGUUACUCCAUUAGCACAAACCACUUGGUAUUUGUUUUGCUUUUCAUUCUUUGGAUGAGUAAGAGUUUCAGUUUUGCCGUGACAGCUUACACGACAAAGGUUUGUAAUACUUGCUUGUGGAUUUGUAGGGUAUUGGUAGCAAUGUAAAUGGGACACUAAAGAACAGAGGUCCAGAGAACACAUCCUAAUAGGUGGAUGGCUUAAAAAUAAUAAUACAAUUUAUGGAGCAGUUCUAGUUUAUUUGGAAGACAUAGUCUCUGAUGUGGAAGCAUUUACAGCCCAAACAUACAAAGACUGGCUGGACUGAUUAAUUAGUAAACAAAAGGCACUUUGCAGACUGUUCCUAUUCUGUUACUUGUUCCCAGGAAUGAUUCUGUCUGGCACUGAGAGCUGCUUGGGAGGCUCAGCCUCAGAAGCUCUAUAAUCCAUCAGUAAUUAGUUCCCUGUGGGGAACCUGUAGUCUUCCAGAUGACCAUCAGCCAGGGAUGAUGGGAGUUGUAACCCAACAACAGCCAGAGAUCCAAAGAAGGCUAUGAGAAAAGGUGGACACUGAAGGCUGGAGAUAAUAGAAGUACUUUAUCGUGGGUGGCGAUGCACUGAACAGCAAUCUUUCAGUAGCCUAUAGCAGGCCUAUGUUUUGCAUUAUACUAUAUUCUGGUUCCUAAUAAUUCCAAUGACCUAGGCAUCUUAAUUUUGUAGCUGUGAGAGAAGACACAAUGUGAUCGGCCAUAGGUGUAACAGCAUCCAUGUCCUAUGUUAAAUUCAGCAACUGAGAAAACAUGAAGUAAGAUUAAUUUUUAUUGGGCUGCCCAUGAAAAUUAUUAUCAUUGGGUUGUUUCCAACUAAUGUUCUCUGUUCGCACAACAGAAAUUCCCUCCUUUGCUCUCCACGUGCCUCCUAAAUCUGGGCUGGGGUUCCCCCAAAGCUCCAGAGCAGAUAUGGGGAGGGUGCAGUACAAAAACCAGCUGAAUGCAAGUGUUAAAACAAUACAAAAUGAAUGUCUAAGGCAGAGAGAGAACUUUUUAUCCCACUGGAUGAAAUUUGUGACUUGGACAAAACAAUAAAAAAAAUCUUCCAGUAGCACCUUAGAGACCAACUAAGUUUGACCAACUAUUAGAGUUAGAGACCAACUAAGUUUGACCAACUAUGACAAACUUAGUUGGUCUCUAAGGUGCUACUGGAAGGAUUUUUUAUUUUGUUUUGACUAUUUCAGACCAACACGGCUACCUACCUGUAACUUUGUGACUUGGAGUUAGAAAAACAGAAUCAGCAAUUAAUUGCCUAUUUUAUGUUAUUUUUAAUGAUAUUGAUUGAUUUUAUAAGAAAAGAAAAUUGCCUAUUUUAAGUGAGCCGAGAGUACUUGCGCUUUUCACUUACUAACUUAGCCUAGUAAUUUAUAUAUGUUUCUACAGCCUAUUAAUAACCAUCAUAACGACUUACAUCGCUGUCAGUACAGUAGUGGCUACAUUACUGCAAGAAUAAUAUUGUUAUUAAACUUCACCAUCUUUUUAGGUGUCAUUUCUUUAUGGCUGAAAUGAUCAACAUUCAAAAUCAGUUUUGAUUGUACGGGGGAGGAAAGCCAAAGCAAAGGCGAAAAUAUGUUUUGUUCUAUUCAUCUCAAUAGUUUCUGUGUCACUCUUCCUGUAGAAGAAUUGAUGAAUGGCGGAAAGGAUGACUAAGCAAGCCCAUUGGUUUUGGAAAUGGAUCAUGCUGCAUUCCCAGCCAUUAAGUUUAAAAAUGUAUGUGCAGUGAAAAGUGCAAAGGCAUGUUUACUUUUCAGACUGAAGGGGAGAAAGCUGCCACUUUAAACAGUUCUGAAAAGAGUUCUUAGGCAAAUAAAGGGAAAGGCUCAGAGAUGUGAAGAUCCAUCGACUUGUUGUGCUUGAGUCCUUUGCAAAAUACAGUGGUACCUCGGUUUAAGUACACAAUUGGUUCCAGAAGUCUGUACUUAACCUGAAGCGUACUUAACCUGAAACGAACUUUUCCAUUGAAAGUAAUGGAAAGUGGAUUAAUCCAUUCCAGAUGGUUCCGCGGAGUACUUAAACUGAAAGUACUCAAACCGAAGCAUACUUAAACCGAGGUAUGACUGUAUCCCAAUGGCAAUGGCACAUGUUAACUUACGGUAACUCUAUCAGUAUGUUGCAAAAUUAAUGAGAAGUUGUUGGGUUUUUUGUUUUUGUUUUUGCAUGAAUUAAACCAGUUUUACAAUCUUGGGGAGGAGAGGGGGGGAAUUCCUGUUGCACAAGCGUAAAUUCUUGCACUGAGGGGAGAAUGCAAGGCAUUCAGCCAACAUACCGUAACUGGUGCAGGAUUGCUGUAAUACAGGGGUCAGGAACCUUUUUCAGCCGUGGGGCGGUCCACCGUCCCUCAGACCAUGUGGUGGGUCAGACUAUUUUUUUGGGGGGGGGGGAGGGAAUAAACGGAUUCCUAUGCCCCACAAAUAACCCAGAGAUGCAUUUUAAAUAAAAGGACACAUUCUACAUCUUGUAACAACACACUGAUUCCCGGACCGUUGGCCGGCCGGAUUGAGAAGGCAGGGGCAUCCGACCCCUGGGCCUUAGUUUGCCUACCCCUGCUGUAAUAUGUUCUUACUCUUUGUGCCCGCAAGCAUUCUUAAUGCUGCUUUCUGUGCCCGUUCAAGUUUCCAGGUUGGCUUCAAAGGCAGCAUCCUGGCACAGAGCACGUAAGAAAAUCAGAUUCCAUGAAGGUCCUGAUGACUUGCUCCUAAGAAUUAAACUAUAUAAGGGAAAUGAAAGGUGUUUAACCAACUUAUACUGCUGUUAAGCUUACCCACAAGUUUUUUUUUAGGUCUGGUAUUUUUCACAGCUUUGACAAGAUUUACUGUUGGGUAUGGGAAGCUAACUCUGCCAUGUCAGGGUUACAGUGGUACCUCGGGUUAAGUACUUAAUUGGUUCUGGGGUGCCAUUUGAACCCCAAAAAGUACUUAAUCUGAGUGGUGAUAGCGCGCAUGCACAAAGCGCCGAUAGAGCGCUUGUGUGCAUGCGCGAAACACACAGGUUGCUUUUGUGCAUGCGCGCGCGCUGCGGAACCUGGAAGUAAACACUUCCGGGUCCGCGGAGUACUUAAACUGAAAGUACUCAAACUGAAGCAUACUUAAACCAAGGUAUGACUGUACUGUGCUAAGGGAUGGAUAUUCACCUUUGGGUUUCUAUGAGACAAAGAGCCCAGAGAUAAGGAUCAAUAUAUGUUGCAAAACCUGUUUAGAAUACACACAUGGCGGUGCUAUUUUUGCUGAAGCUUCUUGGUGCUGUGGAAGCUCUGUGAGCGAACAGUACUGAAUCUUCUUCAAAUUGACAGCUGCCAUGGACUGCCCAGGUAAAGACAACCAUUUAUAAUAUACAGAUUAACAGUUUGCUGGACAUAUUAUUAAAGUGCAUAUCCAAAACUUAAUUUCAGAACAGAAGUGGAAUUGAUAACAAUCAAUAAUCAGCCAUUCCCUUCCCAUGCCUUCUGCUUUCUGCUGAUUUGAAAAGUGUAUGUUUCAUAUGUUGUAGUAGUUAAGUCCUAGCUAAUCUGUUGACCUUUUGCUAUUUGGGAAACUUCUGUGAGGAAUUUGAGCUUCAAUGAACAUUACCCAUGAAGAACGCAAGUUGUGCAUGCCACGUAGCUCCCCUGCAGAGGAUCAGUUUGGAGAGACAGUGAAUGAUAUUUCUUUCAUUUACACACAGACUAAUACAAGUGCAUUGUAAAGAAAUAUUGCAGUGCAACAUUGCAAGGUUGGUCUGGAGGCAUUUUUGUCCGCCAUUUAGAAUGUUAUCGUGACUAUGAGGAAUGUAUUCAGAAAUCCAGUUUGGGUUAGGGGAUCUUAUGCUGCUGAGAUAUGUUGGAAAAUUUUGUGGCGUGGCAGUGAAAGAGAUGGCAGACUUUAAUGGGAGCUGCUAAGUUCAAUUAAAACAUUUCUAGAAACUUUCAGUGGAUGCUGGACUGGUGAUACAAUCAUAUACACGUCUACACAAAAGUAAGCACCAUUUAGUUUAAUGGGACUUAUUCCCAGUUAUUCCAGACUUAUUCCGGGACGCAGGUGGCGCUGUGGUUUAAACAACUAUGCUGCUUGGACUUGCUGACCGGAAGGUUGGCGGUUCGAGGCCAGGCGACGGGGUGAACUCCCGUUGUCCGGUCUCAGCUCCUGCCAACCUAGCAGUUUGAAAGCACGCAGUGCAAGUAGAUAAAUAGGUACCGCUCCGGUGGGAAGGUAAAUGGUGUUUUCGUGCGUUGCUCUGGCUUUGCCAGAAGCGGCUUAGUCAUGCUGGCCACAUGACCUGGAAAAACUGUCUGCAGAAGUGAACAAACGCUGGCUCCCUUGGCCUGUAAAGCGAGAUGAGCGCCGCAACCCCAGUUGUUCGUGACUGGGCUUUAACUGUCAGGGGUCCCUUUACCUUUUACCCCCCAGUUAAGUAUAGACUCAAGACUAAAUCUGGCCUAAACAUAGACCUAGAAGAAAGGCAGAGAAAAGUGUUUGAAAGUUUUGGGUUUCUGAAUGCAGAGGGAGGAACUUAGAUAAGAAGUUUCUGGGAGACCUUUUCCUGCACUAACAUUUGAUUGACUCAUCUGAAGCAGCUGGUCUGAAGCAUUUGUCUGUUGGAAAGAAUGUGACAAGAUCAAAAAGACCAACUGCCCACUUUUCAAAUCUUAACUUUCAUUUCUCCUUUAUCUUGAAGGGAGAUCCCUCACUCCUUCCUUUUAGCCCCUCCUGAAAAGCACUAUUCGUUCACACUACAAUUCUGCAGAUGGGUGAGAUGAAAGGAAUAUAUUUUGAAGUCCUAAAUGGCAGGGUUUCAUUAACAAACUUCAUAACACUUACCUGUACUUAAAUUCCUGUCCUCUGGGAGACCUGCCUCCCAAAUGAUACUGUUACGAACUGUAGAAAUAUGCUGACUGUAGUUACCACAUCGAAUAAAGGCACAAAAUAUUUAGCAAAUUGAAUGCUGACUGGUAUGCCUUUAAAAUAUGCCCAGUCAAGUUAAUAUGAUGUACAUCAGUCUGAAAGGUUGCACAUGCAGUGGAACGUAGCUUAUUUACAAAGUGGUUAAAGUUCCUAGAUUGUUGGAUGGAUGGGUGAGAGCCAUGCGACUGAACUGGAGCAACCAGCUUAAAGCUCCUCACAUGCUGAGAUUACCACAGGUAGAUGUAGACAGGGUAGUGGUGGUGAACAAUAGAUUACCUAUUUCCUUCCAAGGUAAGAGGAAGUAACAUAACUAAGACCAGCAGGACAGCUUACUCUAUGGCAUUAACCUCUUCAUGCAUUAAUUAGAUGUAAGGAGGUUGGUUAUAUGAGAUUGAUGAACCUGCAACAUAUAGAAGCUCAGCCUGCACACUCACUACAUGCUCAACAAGGAUGGAAGGAAUUAACGUACAGUGGUUUAAUUAAGAACUUAAUCCGUUCUGGAAGUCCGUUCUUAAACCGAGGCGCACUUUCCCUAAUGACGCCUCCUGCUGCCGGUGCCCUUCCACCGUUCGGAUUCCGUUCUUAGACCAAGGUAAAGUUCUCAAACCAAGACACUAUUUCUGGUUUUGCGGAGUUUGUAAACCAAACCGUUCUUAAACUGGACUGUUCUUAAACCAAGGUACCACUGUACUGCUGACCAUUCAGGCUGAAGCUGGAGUCACAGUUCUGUUGCUCUCGUCCCUACUCCUGCAGCAAAUCCAAAGGAUCAUCUUGCUGGAUUCUAGAUCUCCAUUGCGUUCCUUCCCAUUUCCAGUUCACCUGGCUUCUUAAAGCACUACUGCUGCUGUUCCUCUGAGGCAGGAGUACUUAAAAGUACUUAAAAGUAAAAAAAUGAAAGAGGCAUGAAAGACGGUGCUUGUCUUAAUUACCAUAGCAUUUCCCUUUGCUCAGUUUGUCUUACAAAAUUGCUGUUUUGUGGAAAGUAGAAACAGUAAGCUUAAAAAAACAACUACUACACAUGUACUAUAUUUCUGCAUCAGGUACAUAUGCCUAAGCACUAUAUUUUAAAAUGAUUAUUUGUAGCAAAGGCUACAGCAUCUCCAUAGCAAGUACAAAUACUACUUAUGUGUCUAUUUUUUAUUUUAAAAAAAGCUUGGUAAAGUUAGCUGUGCCCAACUUUGGGGGGGGGGAGCAUCAGACAAUAUCCUUUGCACAUUUUCCUAUUAUGAGAACCUUCCAAUAUGUUAUAUUAUUCCUGGUCAAACAUGCCCUGUUUUGUUAGCGGUUUUUUUUUUAUGUAGCCCUUAUCAGCUAUUAGGGACCCAGGUGGUGUUGUGGUUAAACCACUGAGCCUAGGGCUUGCUGAUCAGAAGGUCAGUGGUUCGAAUCCCUGUGAUGGGGUGAGCUCCCGUUGCUUGGUCCCAGCUCCUGCCAACCUAGCAGUUCGAAAGCACGUCAAAAUGCAAGUAGAUAAAUAGGAACCGCUACAGCAGGAAGGUAAACGGCGUUUCCAUGUGCUGCUCUGGUUUGCCAGAAGCGGCUUUGUCAUGCUGGCCACAUGACCUGGAAGCUAUACGCUGGCUCCCUCGGCCAAUAAUGCGAGAUGAGUGCGCAACCCCAGAGUCGGUCACGACUGGACCUAAUGGUCAGGGGUCCCUUUGCCUUUACCUAUCAGCUAUUAGGCCUGGGACUGUUCUAACUGGAACUAAAUCCUUGUACCACAGCUCGCAAGACUCUUGUUUUGCAUCUGUCAAACCGUCUUUUUCUUCCUACACAUAGUCAAAGGCUGCAAAAAUAUUCAUCAUGCUAAUGUUCAAAAUGGCAGUGCUCUGCUUCAAGAUGAUGGCACUGAAUACCCUGUGUGGUUCAAGAGUUAGUCAUCCAUUCCAUUUUGCACUAAAUGAAGACACUGAAAAAGUUUUCAUUGACUCAGUGUGCCAGCAUGCUAAUAUAUCCAGAUCCAGUUUAAUAUGCGUAUUUUGAUUUUUUUAUUGUUACAUACAAGCCCCCUUGAGAUCCAAGUGUGGGUUAUUUUUUUAUUUCCAUUAUGAGUAAAACCACGAGUGCGUGUUUUGCCGCACCUUGAUUGAAUAUUUUGCAGGGCCAACAGACAAAAUUGGCUUGGCUUGGGGUCAUAUUCACAGCCAGUUCACAGUACUUGGUCAGUGGUGCACAAGCACACAGGGAUAUUCUCCCUCUCCCUCUUGUCAAUUUAUCAGAAAGGGUUUGGGAGUGAAUCAUAGACGCUGGGUUGCUCUUUGCUCAUUAAACAGCCAUCUGCUCUAGGGCAUAAAUUGAACAUAUGAUAGCAUAUUGGGAGUAGAUUAUUAUUAUUAUUAUUAUUGUUAAGUGGCUAUUGCAUGGUAAGAAAGGACUUGCUGCAGCUGGGGAAAUGUAUUUACCAUUCAUUCCAAGGACAAUGUUGCUUGCUCCCCAUCCUCUAGCACUGAGAAGGUUUCUUCUGUUUUAAUCAGCAGGGAGGGGAAAUAUGUGUGGUUCUUUGUCUUCUGCGUUUUUUUUGUGUGACAAAAGAAUUCCCAUUUGAAUUGCGGUGCUCUAUUCAGGCUCCCUCUGAGCCUGUGGUUAACAGCAGUCAGUCUUUGCAGUGUUCUGACGUCAUCCAGUGUAUGCAUAAGCUAUGCUAUUGUCUUACUGAGAGCAGGGGCUGUGGAUUGCAGUAUCUGGUGUCUGCUACCUAUUUCUGCCUCACUGCAUCAGCAGAAGAGACAUUGGCCUUCCCUUUGCUGGAUUUUUAAAAUAAGUACUCCUGUUCCUUUGCUUUUUUUUUUAAUUACAAAAAAAUUGCUUCUGCGAAGAAGGACCAGUUUUGCUUUAAGAGCUGCAGAGAAAGGCAAUCUGCAGAGUGGAGCCUGGGGAGGAAGAGAGGAAAAUCUGGAGGCUGGCUAGCUGUGGGGACUGCGCUGUCUGGCUUCAUGACCACUGCUGUGUAGAAGCCUCAUCCCUUCUCUGACACAUUCCCCGCAGCUCUCUUUUCUUUUCCCUUUUAAACCCCUCUUUUGAGAUUUGAGCAUCUGGAGCCAGCCAUGUUUGGCACAGAGUCGUCAUUGAGUAUGUUUUUGAACACAUUGACGCCCAAGUUCUACGUUGCUCUCACAGGAACUUCUUCAUUAAUAUCAGGACUUAUUUUGAUAUUUGAGUGGUGGUAUUUUCGCAAGUAUGGGACCUCGUUCAUUGAGCAAGUCUCGGUGAGUCACUUGCGCCCUCUGCUGGGAGGGGUGGACAGCAACUCUCCCAGCAACUCUAAUACAAGCAACGGGGAUUCUGAUGCAAAUCGGCAGAGUGUUUCAGAAUGCAAAGUCUGGCGAAAUCCACUAAACCUGUUUAGAGGAGCUGAAUAUAACCGGUAUACCUGGGUGACGGGAAGGGAACCUCUGACAUACUACGAUAUGAAUCUUUCGGCGCAAGAUCAUCAGACGUUCUUCACGUGCGAUACAGACCACUUAAGGCCUGCAGAUGCCAUAAUGCAAAAAGCGUGGAGGGAGAGAAAUCCGCAGGCCAGAAUUUCUGCAGCGCACGAAGCCUUGGAGCUAAAUGAGUGUGCCACUGCCUAUAUUCUGUUGGCAGAAGAGGAAGCAACAACUAUUGUGGAAGCAGAGAAGUUGUUCAAACAGGCUCUGAAGGCUGGCGAAGGCUGCUACAGGCGUAGCCAACAGCUGCAGCAUCAUGGUGCCCAGUACGAAGCUCAACACAGACGGGACACUAAUGUAUUAGUCUACAUUAAGAGGAGGCUGGCAAUGUGUACAAGAAAGCUGGGGAGGACCAGGGAAGCUGUGAAAAUGAUGAGAGAUUUAAUGAAGGAAUUCCCUCUUCUCAGCAUGUUCAACAUCCACGAAAAUUUGCUGGAAGCUCUGUUGGAGUUACAAGCAUAUGCAGAUGUUCAGGCAGUUUUAGCAAAAUAUGAUGAUAUAAGUUUGCCAAAAUCAGCCACAAUAUGCUACACGGCUGCCCUGCUGAAAGCCAGAGCUGUCUCUGACAAAUUUUCUCCAGAGGCAGCUUCAAGACGAGGGCUAAGUACGGCAGAGAUGAAUGCAGUAGAAGCUAUUCACAGAGCAGUAGAAUUUAAUCCACAUGUGCCAAAGUAUCUCCUAGAAAUGAAAAGCUUGAUACUGCCUCCUGAACAUAUUUUGAAGAGAGGCGACAGUGAAGCAAUAGCUUACGCUUUCUUUCACCUUCAGCACUGGAAAAGGGUCGAGGGGGCACUAAAUCUCUUACAUUGUACGUGGGAAGGCACUUUCAGAAUGAUCCCUUAUCCUUUGGAAAAAGGGCACCUUUUCUACCCUUACCCCAUCUGUACAGAAACAGCAGACAGAGAACUUCUUCCAUCAUUUCAUGAAGUCUCAGUUUACCCCAAGAAAGAGCUUCCUUUCUUUAUUCUCUUCACUGCCGGAUUAUGUUCCUUCACAGCUAUGCUGGCACUUUUGACACAUCAGUUCCCAGAGCUCAUGGGAGUCUUCGCUAAAGCAUUUCUUAGCACUCUCUUUGCCCCCUUGAACUUUGUGAUGGAAAAAGUGGAAAGCAUCCUGCCCUCCAGUCUCUGGCAUCAGCUGACAAGGAUCUGAAGGAAAAUAGUCUGAAAUGACUGCCAUGACAUUUUCUGUGCCAACUUACUGUUGCUGACCAGAAAGCAUGAUUUUUUAAAAAAGGGAAGCAGUUUUCAGCUCUUCAUGGGUUGUGUUAUAAUUUUUGUUGUUGUACAAAAUACAUUGAUGUUUGGUUCUAUUCUAUUUUGCUUUCAGAAAACAAAAGGAAAAAAAACUUUGGGCAAAAAUAAAUUUUGUGUAUUGCA